GUGUGUGAACUGAAUGAAAACAAAGAUGGCUGAAAACAGCAAGGGUGGGAUUUUAAAUAAAACAGAAAAAUUUCUACGCCGGCGAAAAACCAAGGUAUUACAGAGCCUUGGAAAGACCGGUAGAACCAAAGAUGACACUGACUUCAUAGAAGGAUGUCAGAGGCUCGAAAGACAACAGGAAACUGCAGUGAAACUUCAAAAAGAUCUUCGGAAUUAUGUACAUCAUGCACGAGCAAUGGCGACAGCAUCCAAAACGUUCUACAGCACAGUGUCCGAGGCGUAUGAGCCGGAGUGGGAAAACCAUGCUCAACUCACAGAAAUACUCAAUAACAUGGAUGUGUUAUGGAUGGACUACAUACAGAAACUUCAAGAUCAUGUUCAGGAGCCCCUCACAAAAUACCUUACAAACUUUCCUGGCAUUAAGUUGCGGAUAUCUAAGCGUGGCAGGAAGUUGACCGACUACGACAAUGCCAAACACAAUCUGGAGGUGCUGCAGAACGGCAAGAAAAAAGACGAUGCGAAAGUUACCAAGGCUCAGGAGGACUUGGAACAGGCACAGAAAAUCUACGACGAUCUGAACAACGAACUUCACCAGGAACUUCCAGAAUUCUAUGAUAGCCGAGUGAGGUUUUAUGGAAGCCUGUUUGAGAGUUUGUUUACAGCUGAAAACGUCUUCCAAUCAGAAUCAGGAAAGGUCUGGGAUAGUGCACCGACUUGUGAUUGGGGUAGCGAACAAUGGGUUGCCAACACAUCAAACCUCGUCAAGACACACGAUCAUGCCACAUACACACCUAGAAAGAGUGCUAGAAACACAAUGAUUGUGGGAGAUAGAGAAGAGAAGUCCUCAGAUAGUCAAAGGAGCGAUGAGAACUUGAAUAAUGGUCAUUCUAGUGGCCCUGAGAGCCCUGGCCCCUCCCCCACUUCCCCGUCAGGUGACCACCCAUUGACCAAUGGGACAGGAGAAGGGGACUCCAGCAAAGACAGUAUAGAGGAGUAUGAAAACCAAGAGUUCACUAAGAAAGAGGAGACGGAAAGUCAAGACAUCGCUGGAGGUACUAAGGAAGAGGAAGCAGAGGCCACAACUAAAAUAGUGAUGGAAAAGAGUGAACCAGUAGCUGCUGUACGUUCAAGCAUCAGAACUGAAGCUGUGAAAGACUCUGCUGCAGAGGACAUAAAGGCUAGUGAAAGUACUCAAGAUGACAAUAAAGAAACGGAAGAAUCUAGAGCAGCUGCUUCUAGUGAUAAAGUUGAUGAGGAUGUAAAUAAGGAAGAUACUGAGACAACUGCAAUUGAUGAAAAGAAGCCUGAGUCUACAGUGAAUGGGGACCUAGAUGAUAUAGGUGCUCCCCCACCGGUGCCCUCAACCCCACCCCCUGUGGAAGAUUCAGAUGAAGCCAAGCCUGAUAAGACAAAUGAUGAUGAUGAUGAUGAUGAAGAUGACAGUAAACCAGAUACUGACAACUUCUAUGAGGUGCCUCCUCCAGCAAAACCUGUGGACAAUGAUUUACCAGACAGAUAUCUGUACACUGUGGUUGCGACACACGCGUACAAGGGCGAAGAUGAUGAUGAACUGACCUUCGAUUCGCAGGAGAUUGUCUACGUCAUAGAUUACGAUGACCCUGAUGAACAGGACCCGGGAUGGCUAAUGGGUGUGCGUAAAGUGGACGGACAGAAAGGCGUAUUUCCUGAAAACUUCACAAAGAAAGUGUAGUCCAUGAAACAGUUCUGAAAUACUAUUGGAGAUGUUUCGCUUUUACCUGAUGUAGAAAAAUAAGACAGAGAAUGGAAAAGGUCAUACAGCAGAAAGUCAAGAUGGCUGAAAACAUCAUCACGAGCAUAUUUUAGUAACAGAUUGAACAUUAACAUUAAAGGAACACUUUUUUUUAAAGUGGACAUGAUUGGAUUGCUUGUCAGCUCAUUUAAUGUAAUAAAAAUGGUGUUUUGAAAUGCCUUUGUUAUACAAAUGGUGUUUUGAAAUGCCUUUGUAAUACAAAUGGUGUUUUGAAAUGCCUUUGUUUAUACAAAUGGUGUUUUAAAAUGUUGCUGUUAUACAAAUGGUGUAUUGAAAUGCAUUUGUUAUAAAAAUGGUGUUUUGAAAAGCUUUGGUUAAACAAAUGGUGUAUUGAAAUGUCUUUGUAAUAAAACUGGUGUUUUGAAAUGCCUUGGUUAUACAAAUGGUGUUUUGAAAUGCCUUUGUUCUACAAAUGGUGUUUUGGAAUGUCUUUAUUAUACAAAUGGUGUUUUGAAAUGUGUGUUUUAAAAUUCCUUUAUAAUACAAAAUGGUUUUUUUGAAAUGCCUCAGAUAUGUCAGGCUGAGAUUUCCUUUUCUGUACAGAGGUUGAAUCAUUGUGUAUAAUCAUUAACUUGUACAAAUGGUGGUUUUUCCACCAUCAUGAAAACUGUUUAAGAAUUAUGUUAAUCAUAUAUGUAUAAUAUAAAGACAUUUUAUGCAAGAUUAUUUUAGAUUUGAAUGCUUCAUUCAUAUUGAAAGAUAAGGAAUUAAUGUAAUGUGUCAAUUUAUGAUAUAAAUUUCCAUUUUGAACUGAACUUAUAUCUUUAAACUCUACAAGUACUAUUACUUUACUUAGAGACUGACAAUGGUUGAACUUUGCCUAUGCCUAUGAAUAUCUUAUACAGUCAAAACCUGUUGGCCAGAUAUCCCAGGGACCGGCCAAAAUAGUUCAAGCCUCGCCAAUAUCGAGCCAAGCGGAAAUGCUUGCAUAAUGUAAAAGAAAUCUGUCCUUUACAUCAAGUUUGAGCCAACAAGGAUAUUGAGCCAAGCGAUAUCGAGGCAACAGGUUUCAACUGUAUUUUCAAAUGUUUGUUUUAAAAAACACAUUUUUCGAUAUAUCCUACUGUGUAUGGAAGAUAUAAUUUGUGUUUUAAGUUUUUUAUAUUUGAAGAGGUGUAUUUUCUUUCUUUAUUAAAUUGUCAUAAUGUUGUUUUAUAGAUGUAUUUUUCAUGUAUUGUCUUAUAUGCAAAAUACUCAAAUGGUUUUGAUGACACGAUUAUUACUGAAGUUUGAACAGUUUGUACGCUGUAUUAUGAUGAUAAUAUGAGUUUUUUAGUUACAUAUCCUUUACUCCAACAUUUUAUAAAAAAAAUACAUUCCAAGUUAUCUAUAAAUAUUAUAUGUUUUCCGACAAGUAUAUUUUCGUCUUCCAAUGUGUUUGCCAUCUAUGUUCCUGUUUUGUCUGGAUGUACGUACAUUGUUGUUGUUUUAACAAUGAUGCAAUUUUACAUUUCCAUAAAUAUUGACCAGUCAUGUUUUUGUAAAAAAAUAACAUUUCAUUUUAUGAAAAGGUGUGAAUGGAAUUUUAUAGACCUUUAUGUGGAUGCUGUUUUAAGAUGUAUUUUGUGAGUCCUUUUCACUGUUACCAUUUUAAACCAUAUUUAAGACUGAAAACGCUACAGAAACUGUUUAUUUCUGGAUAGUUUGAAUCACAUUUUAAACACUGUUCAAGACUGAAAUCGCUACAGAAACUGUUUAUUUCUGGAUAGUUCAAAUCACAUUUACAUUGUUCUCAAUUGUUCGUUGAAUUAUCUAAGAUAAGCUAAACUUUGCUGUGUAAAAAUGUGGCAAGUAGUGGUAUCAACAUAGAGGACCACAUGAUCUCCUUUUUCAACAUUUUGGUGAGUCCAUUUCUAGUUGAAACAUGAUAGAAAAUUAACAGUAAAGCGGUAUUACUAAAUAUUAAGGUUUCUUUUCUUAAAAGUAUUAGUAUGUACACAAUUAAAGAGAAAUUUGAAUCAUAAGGUUGUUGUAAGUGUGAAAAGUUAGAAAUAUAGACCAACUUCUAUUGAUCUAUUACAUUUCCAUUUAAGUGUGUCUUUUUGCCAAAAACUAGCCUGUAUAGUGUUACCAGUUUAUCAAGUUAAUGAAUUUCAAUGUCUUUUUUAUUCGUAAAAUGUGUUAUGAACUAAAAGUCACUAAGAUAAUUUUGAAGUAUUAAGAUAUCUUGAUGCCUUUUAGUAUUUUGAUGGUCAAAAUUUGUUACGUAUUUAUAAAAUAAGUGCUGUAUUGUAUUGUCUUCCGAGGAAUGUUCGUAUGUUGGCACAGGUAAAUUUUUACUGUAUUUUUACAGAGUUAAUACAGAAAAGUCAAAAUUAAAAAAAAUGUUUUUGAAAUUUGAUUUUUCAUUUCUUGCUUGAUUGAUGCUGUGCCAUAUUGCAACUGAGAUACAAUAUGAGAUAAAAUAUGCUUGCUUUGUGAAACCCUUUACCAUCUAUUCUUUUGGAAUAUUUAGGUAAUAAAAAGGAAAAGGGUGAAUUUGUAUAAACACAGAUUGUGUUGGUCUUUUGAAUUUUAUUGCAAAAAGGAAAUAAAUUUUCAAUGGAAAUGGCUAUAUUUUUCUAUGGAUAUAAUGACUUUGUAAGAAAUUAAUGAGAACGGUAGAUAGUUUUAUGUUUAAGGGGUCCAUUUUUUUCACAAAUAUAAUUUCUUGGCCAAUUUCACAAAAAAUGAUGUUAUCAAAGCCUUUCAGCUAUCAUCAAAGAAGCUAUAAUAGAAAAUUUCGUUGGACUUAAAAUUUUGCAACCAGAUUUGUUUGCAAUAAAUGUCAAAAACUCAACCUUCACGAAACUUAGGCAAUCUACGGUUAUUGUUAGUCAGUGAUUUAACAAAGAAGGGUUAUGUAAGCAAGUUUAUCAGGGCAGGCAUACUUUUUUUUCUGAUUUUUUUUCCACAAAGUUUAUUUAAGAUGUUAAAUAUUGAAAAAAAGUGAUUCUGUGUCAAUUGUUAAAUCUCAGGACUUGCUUUUGUUAACUUAAAAUUGUAAAUAUUGCACCAAUAUAGUUUUCGUAGUAGUAGCAGUCAAAUUCAUGUAGUUUUUAGGGACUCUCACAGUUUUAUAGGGUCAAGACAUCGAAAAAAAUAAUUUAGUGUUAUGUCAUCAAAUUGCUUGUAACAAUUGUAAGUUGUCAUUAUAUCUUCAAAGAAGAGUUCUUUAGUAAAAAAAGUAUAUGAAAUUGUGUCAGAAAAUACUAUUUUUUUGCCAAACAGCAUUUGCUAAGUUUUAAGGCUUGAGUUUAUAAAUAUUCUGUUCAAAUACUUGUAUAAUCAGGAAAUAUUGUUGUUCGUUACCGUAAUAGCAUUAAAUAAAAUAACUCAAAUUUAAAACAUUUUUAGAACAUUGUCACAAACAUAAAAUCUUAAAGAGGGUCCCUUUAAGUUCAACUUGAAACAACUUCUUUUAUUAUUUUGUGAGUUAUUUUUUGGACCAUGAAAACGUAAGACCUUUAUGAUUUUUUGUAAGCAUUAGGUUCUAUAAGUAUGAUUUAGAAAAAAAAUAGGACUCAAUUGAGUACAUUAGCGUAACAAUUUAGAAAACAUUUCAAUAUAAAUAAAAGCUUUAAAAGAAUCUCAUAUAAGAUUAUUUAAUAAGUAGUAAUGAAUAGUGUAAUAUGAUAAUGCAUGUAUAUUUUGCAUAAGGUGUAAAAAGAAUAUGUUUGUUUCCAAUUUCACAGCCCAAAAAUAAAGGGUAGGCAGAAUGAGAUUUUUUCUCUUUUUUGUUAAUAAGUCGUUUGACUUAUAUCAUUUUAUUACAAUUUUUUUUUAUUAAUUUGGUCUUGGUUCAUCAUCAUGUCUUUCCCGUGUAAUUAACUACAAAAAAGUGUGUCUCAAUAGGAGAAAAAGAAAAAUGGUUUGACAAUUUCUUGACCACUUGCUGAAAAAAUAUUUUGCUCGGGUGCAAAAACAUUUGGUAGGUUUGUGAAACCAGAAACAAACAAUUCUUUUUGUUACACCUCAAUUAUUUUAUUGUGAAAGAAAUUGCUAAAACUUUGCCAGUAUGUAUAUAGAAGUAUUGUUUUCUUAUAUUUUUGAUGAUAUAUACUCUUAAACAUUUUUUAAAUGUACCAAUUACUAUUAUAUGAUUAUGUAAAAAAAAUUAAUGUACUUCAUACGUGAUUGAACUGUUAUUGUAUCGGAAAUAAUUUGUGUGUUUUUGUCGUUUAACUUCAUUAUAUUUGUGCCUCCAUUUUGUUUUGUAAGAUUUUAGCUCAACUAGAUAAAAAAAAACAUAGUUAGAAUAAUAAGACAGCAUUUAGGGAAUGUUGCAAUAUAUUUUAGAUCAAACUAAUUUUAUCAUUUUUUUUUUAUUUGAGUGAGUUUUAGCACAUUCUGAUCAUUUGUGGAGUUAAUUUGUUUUGUGAAAAGAUUUAAAAGUCAAAUGAUUUUUUGAAGGGGUACUCUUUUUGAAGUAUAUAUUGUAAAAAAAGAAUUAUAUUCAUGUAUUGUAUAUUAAAAGAGUGAAUAAUAUAUAUGUUGAAAUAGGUGUAAUAUUUUAUAUCAGAAAAUAUCAUGUUAAAAAUCAGCUAUUACUGACUACAUACCAUAGAGAUACCUGUAUUGUUGUUGAAAUGAACCAAAUUUGUGAAAACGGUGCUGUUUAUAGUUUUUAUUGCAGAUCAAAAUGCUAGUAGUAUUUUAAGAUAUAUACAUUUGAAAGCAUUAAUGGCAAAAAAUAAUUGUUAGCAGUGACAAAAAAACAAACAUAAAACAUAUGUAGUUUUGUUUGUGAAUUUCUUUAUGUAAUUAAAAUUCUAAUUUUGGUACAUGUGAAUAUUGUUUAAUCAGAAUUUGUAAUUAGCAAAAUCUUUGUUUUUGAAAAAUCAUUGGUUUAACAACAGUUCAUUGAGUAAUGGCUUAGGUUUCAUAUGUGAAAAAUAUAUUGUUAUAAAUCUAUAAAAUAGUACAAUAAAUGUAUUAAAAUGUG